AUCCAUUAAAUUGUUUGCUUCACUUUGUACGAUGAAGAAGAGAUAAUUUUGACAUUUCAUGACAGUUCAAAAUCGUAAAAAAAGAUGAGUAUUAUGAAAUUUCAAUGCGCUCAGCCUUAAUAUAAAUACCAGCCUCAGCAAAAAUAUGCUAGAUUCUUUAUUUUCGGUUUUUCGAUACAUUGAGCGCGACUAGCAAUAAAUCUUUCGUAAAAAAAUGCAUCAAAUGCUCUUCAAUUUUAUUAUAAAUCAUUUUUUGAAAGCGAAUAUUUAUACGCUCUUAGUGUUCAAUUGCUGGGAUUGGCAGGUUCAACGUCAGUUUUUACAUAAGCUCAAUGAGAGAUCUCUGUAUACGCGUUUUGUACACAUUGAAACGGCUGAUUUCUCGGGGGAUUUUGAAAGUCACUACUUGCGACAUGGUCGACCUGGUUUGGGAGCGUACUUAGACAUGAAUUGUAAUAGAUCGGCGGAGCUAAUGGGUACACUCAGCCAUUGGCGACUCUACAACGAACACUACAACUGGCUACUCUACGAUCGUACCGCUGAUUUGGACAACUUCAGACGUAUCUUCACCGAUGCCAACUUAGCUGUGGAUGCAGAGCUUACGUAUGCGAUCUUAAAACCAACGUUACCUCGCAAUCUCACUGAAGCGAGCAAUAUCUCGUACAUAGCAUAUGAUGUCUAUAAUAACGGUCGUUUUUUGGGUGGCAAAUUGAACAUGACUUUGGAUCGUGAAUUUGAAUGCAAUCUGGAGAGUUGUUAUAUAAAACGUAACAUCAGCGCAUUACACACGCGCACCAAAUACGGCAAUCGAAAUCUGCUACAUGAUAUAACAAUGCGUGUAACGGUGGUGGUCACCAAGCGACCGCUGAGUUUGCCUGUGCCGGUGUUAUUGGACUUUCUCACCUCCGAGAACAAUUCAGAUGUUGAUCCAAUCUCGCGUUUUGGUUAUAAAAUAUUUUUGAUCUAUAAAGAUUUCUUCGGUUGCAAAAUGCGUUACACCUUUCGCGCCCACUGGGGCUUAAACGAUACUCACGGCGGUGGUGUCGGCGAUGUGGCUUUGGGUUACUCCGAUUUCUUAUCGACACCCUUCCUCAUCUCAGCUGAACGUCUUAGGUACUUCUCACCUCUCGUCGAAAGUGGCGGCUUUCGUUUGUUGUGCCUCUUUCGUACCCCGCGUAGUACCGGCAUGAAAGGUAGCGCAUUCAUAGAGCCUUUUAAUGGCUCUGUUUGGCUUGUGUUUGGCAUUUUGUUGGUGGUGUCGGCAAUUUUUCUAUGGCGUACAUUCGCCUUGGAGUUGCGAAACUUUCAUACGAAUUUAUCGUAUAAACCAUCAUUGCUGUCGACGGCACUCUUGGCUUUCGGCUCGGCUUGCUAUCAGGGUAGCAGUAUUGUGCCAUCUUCGGCUGGUGGACGUAUGGCAUAUUUUUCACUCUACUCAGCUACUUUUAUGAUGUAUAAUUAUUAUACAUCGAUUUUACUUUCCACUCUAUUGGGCACACCGCCGAAGUCGGAUAUCAAAACACUGGGACAGUUGGCGGAUAGUGCAUUGAAUGUCGGUUUGGAGCCGCUGCCUUACACGUAUGUCUUUUUGAAUGGCUCCCAAUUGCCCGAUGUGCGUCGUUUUGUCUAUCGCAAAAUUGAGUCGAAAAAAGAUCCGGAAAAGCUUUGGAUCUCUGUGGAGGAGGGUAUCUUAAAAGUACGUGAUGAACCGGGUUUCGCUUUCGUGCUGGAGACAUCGACGAGUUAUCCCUUUUUGGAACGGAAUUUUCUGCCACAUCAGAUCUGUGAUUUAAACGAAGUGCUGAUGCGUCCCGAUAAAAGUCUCUUCACUCAACUGCAUAAGAACUCAUCCUAUAAGGAGUUGACGCGCUUAAGAGGCAUACGCAUGUUGGAAACGGGCGUUUGGCGUAAGCACCGCAAGCACUGGUUUCGUGAACAUCUCAAUUGUGUGCCCAGCAAUUAUCUCUUUGCCGUGGGUAUGGAGUACACAGCGCCGCUCUUUUUAAUGCUCGCUUUUUCCUACAUCUUGUGCUUGGUAAUCUUGCUAGUGGAGAAGCUCAUUAAACGCAUGCAAGAAAGAUUUUAAUAACAGGUUUUACGAGGGGUUACUCUCAUUUGACAUACAAUUCUAUGUGGAGCAUAAAAUAUAAUGUUAUG